CCGUCACCUCCUCCAAAACCCUAAAUAAACCCUCGCUGCCGUCAUUUUAUCGGCUCCACUAUGUCCGAGGUUGACGUUUCCCGUUCGGAGAAGAAAAAGCACAAGAAAAAAUCCAUGCCGGAGUCCGACGCUAAAGACACCACCACCGACGCUCCGUCGGUGACGGACACUGAUUUCUUGAUCAAGCCUCAAAGUUUCACCCCUCCUAUAGACACUUCCCAGUGGCCGAUCCUCCUCAAGAACUACGAUCGCCUCAACGUUCGGACUGGUCACUACACUCCUUUGCCGUCCGGGUACUCCCCUCUGAAGCGUCCUCUCGCUGAAUACAUCAGGUAUGGUAUCAUGAACCUUGAUAAACCAGCUAACCCAUCUUCGCACGAGGUUGUUGCUUGGAUUAAGCGCAUUCUCCGCGUCGAGAAGACUGGCCACAGCGGUACUCUGGACCCCAAAGUCACUGGAAACCUCAUUGUUUGCAUUGACAGAGCCACUCGGCUUGUCAAAUCACAACAGGGAGCAGGCAAAGAGUAUGUCUGUGUUGCCCGGUUGCAUUCCAAGGUGCCUGAUGUUGCCAAGGUGGCUCGUGCGCUUGAGACAUUGACCGGGGCUGUCUUUCAGAGGCCGCCAUUGAUUUCUGCUGUCAAGAGACAGCUUAGGAUCAGGACCAUCUAUGAAAGUAAGUUGCUUGAGUAUGAUGCAGAUAGACAUUUGGUUGUUUUUUGGAUUUCUUGCGAGGCAGGUACUUAUGUUAGGACUAUGUGUGUGCAUUUGGGGCUGAUUCUCGGGGUUGGUGGGCAUAUGCAGGAGCUUAGGAGGGUGAGGUCUGGGAUUUCGGGAGAGAGAGAUAAUAUGGUGACUAUGCAUGAUGUUAUGGAUGCACAAUGGGUGUAUGAUAAUUAUAGAGAUGAGAGUUAUUUGAGGAGAGUGAUUAUGCCUCUUGAGGUGCUUUUGACUAGUUAUAAGAGGUUGGUUGUGAAGGACUCUGCUGUGAAUGCUAUUUGCUAUGGUGCUAAGUUGAUGAUUCCAGGGCUUCUGAGAUUCGAAAAUGACAUUGAGGUUGGGGAGGAAGUGGUGUUGAUGACUACUAAAGGAGAGGCAAUUGCCCUGGGCAUUGCAGAGAUGACAACUGCAGUGAUGGCCACUUGUGAUCAUGGUGUUGUGGCUAAGAUUAAGAGAGUUGUGAUGGAUAGGGAUACUUAUCCCAGGAAGUGGGGGUUGGGUCCAACAGCAUCCACGAAAAAGAAACUGAUAGCUGAGGGUAAAUUGAAUAAGCAUGGAAAGCCAAAUGAUAAUACUCCUAAAGAAUGGUUGAGAAAUGUGGUGUUGCCGACAGGUGGAGAUACUAUGGUUGCUAGUCUUGCAGCUGCAACAGCAGAGACUGCCGUAGUGGAGAAAGAGGUUUCUAUUGUGGAAAAGGAAAAGAAAAAGAAUGAGGACAAGGAAGAUGGUGAGGGUUGCAAGCGCAAAUUGGAUGAAAUUUCUGACAGCCCUGCUCCAGCUGCUGCUAAGAAAGCUAGAAUUGAAGAAGUUGAGAAAGAGGAGACAGUGAAGGUGAAGAAAGUGAAAGUGAAAGUGAAAGAGGCAGGAGUUGAGGAAACUGAAGUUGAGAAGAAAGAGAAAAAGAAGAAGAAGAAGAAAAACAAAGAGGGUAGUGAUGAAGAAACCGUAGAGGAGACUGAGAAGGAGAAGAAAAAGAAGCACAAAGAGAAGAAGGUUGAAGCUGGGUCACCAGACAGAGAAAAGUCAGAAAAGAAAAAGAAAAAGAAGAGCAAAGAAACUGAGGCAUGUGAUGGGGCUGCCAAUGGUGAAGCUGAGGUUGGGGCUGAUAAAAGUGAGAAGAAAAAGAAGAAGAAGAAGAAUAAAGAUGUUGAAGAAGAUUAAGUCUCAGAAUUUUGGUUUUUCUGGGGUAGACCCCUUUUCAUGUGUACCUCUUUCUCAAUCUUCAUGGCAACUACAGUUAACUUUUGCAGUUUUUGCAGAUUUUCAAUGUAGUUUCUGCAUAAUUAGAUUUGUAUUGUGUAAUCGAAUGCCUUUUUCUUUGCCUAUAAUAUUUCGAAUUAUUUUCUGUUGUUUGCUUUAACGUUUGUGAGUUCAUAUUAGUAAUUACAUUGAUUUUUUCCCUCCCAUGUAAUGUUGCCUCUGCUUAAAUGUGAUUAAAGAUUAAAAGAAAUG